GCAGCUAUUAUAAGGAUAUAGGAUCAUGGCAGCAGAUGAUGACAAUGGUGAUGGACCAAAUUUAUUUGAUGUCUUUUCUGUGUCUCCUCUUAAAAAUAAUGAUGAAGGGUCAUUGGAUAUAUAUGCUGGGUUGGACAGUGCUGUUUCUGACAGUACUCCCAAACCCUGUAUGCCAACCAGAAAUUGUUUGGAUUUAUAUGAAGAAAUUCUUACUGAAGAAGGAACUGCAAAGGAGGCAACAUAUAAUGAUUUACAGGUAGAAUAUGGGAAAUGUCAACUACAAAUGAAAGAGUUGAUGAAAAAAUUUAAGGAAAUACAGACCCAGAAUUUCAGUUUAAAAAACGAAAACCAGUCACUUAAGAAGAAUAUAUCAGCACUUAUCAAAACUGCAAGAGUGGAAAUAAAUCGCAAGGAUGAAGAAAUAAAUCACCUUCACCAAAGGUUGUCUGAGUUCCCACAUUUUCGAAAUAAUCAGAAAACUUCAAGAACAUCAGAUGUCACGAAGCCAAAAGAUCUUAAAUCCAGACCUUCCCAUUUGGAUGAUUGUUCAAAGACUAAUCAAAGAGUGAAAAGUGAUGCUUUUAAAGAUGUACACCAUAGCACUUUACUGUCAAAUCACGAAAAGGAAGGAAAACCACAGUCUGAUAAAAUGAGCCCUUCGCUUGUAUGUCUAUCUUCUGAAAACCAUUGUACCAAUGGCAGUUGGUCACGUUCUCAUCAUCUGACUGGUGAGAGUAGCUCAACUGAUGACAAGAGAAGAGGGAGAAAAGAUGUUAGACACAAUCAACAUAACCGAGGCACUGACAGAAUACGAAAAGAUUUGAGCACUAGCUUUGGUGAUGAUGAACUGAGAAACACAGAAGCUGGUCAAAGGCUACAGACACAUCCUGAGAAAUACUGUAAAGGGGAACUUAAGACAGAAAGCAAGAAUUCCAAGUUUAGAAGCAAGACAGAGUUGAAUUAUAGAGAUGAGUAUAGUAAUUCUUUUAGGGAGAAAGAGACCACUCAAGAAAGGUUGCAUGCUCGAGCAGAAUCUCAAAAUGACAAAAAAUCAGAAAGACAAGGUGAAAGAUCACAAAAUAUAAAGAGAAGAGAACUUAAGUCACAAGAUCAAGAAGAAAGGAAAACUGACCAAAAAUCUAAAUCUGUGGUAAAAGACCAGGAUCAUUGGAGAAUAUCCGAACGAACAUUGCUUCCUCAUUCCAAGAGUGAAAUAAAAUUUCGUCAUAAUUCCAGUAAAUACCAUUUAGAAGAGAGACGAGAAAGGGACGAUUGUAAAAGAGACAGGGGUACAAAUAAUCAUAGUUUUCCAGAAGGAAGAUGCCCACCUUCUCUUUCAGCCAAUAGAAUUCACAAACAUGUUGACUCUAAGGAGGGUGAUAUUUUAUACCAACAGAAAAAUACACUUUUAAAAGAAGAAAGGCAUAGAACAGAAGAAAAGAGGAAAAGAGAAAGAGAAGGCAAAGAAGAAAAUAGGCAUAUGAGAAAUGAAAAAAGGGGUUCUACAGAAAAUUUGCAGAAGACUAACAAAGAAAGUAAGAAAACCACUACUGACUUAAACAGAUAUGAAAAGAAACAUGAUAAAGGAGAAGUUGUAAAUGUUACCAAAGGAGCAGAACUGACAGCUAAAGCUGAAAGUGGUCCAAAUGAAACAAAAAACAAAGACUUAAAGUUGAGUUUUAUGGAAAAAUUGAACCUAACUCUUUCUCCUGCUAAAAAGCAACCUGUUUCUCAGGAUAGUCCACAUAAAAUAAUGAGUUCUCCCAAAAUUAGAGGCAUAUGCGAUGUGGCGCCCUUGGUGCAGUCUAGAACAGCAGCUUAUAUUCCCUCUGCCAGUGAACCUGUCACAGAGGAAAACAGAUCAAAGUUACAACAAUGUGAGAAUAUUCUUGCAGCAGUGUCUGAGCCUGGGACCAGUAUUCCAGAAAAGAAAAUGGAAGAAGAAAGCCAUUUGUUUGCUAAGUCUGUUGAGAACACUUUGUGUUGUGACAUGACCUCUUGUCGUCAGGAGUCUUCCUCCUCAGCACCUGUGGAAAUGGAACAAAGAGAAUCUUUGUUUCCAUCAUCAGCAAAAAUAGAGCAAGCUGUUAAUGGUGCAAAAACAAUGAAAGUGUUACAAACAAAUGUUUCCCAAAACUUGGACUUGGAGACCAAAAUAAAUGAUGGUUUAAAUUAUUGUGCUUCUGAAGGUAUAGAAAUUAAGGAGACUUUUUCAACAAAAAAGGACAAAACCAAUGAAAGCAUGUUGCAGUCAUCAGUUGAAGAAGCUGGCAUCUUACCAAUAGUCCCUUCAAAAGAUGGAUCAAAAUUCGAGUCUUCUCUUACGGAUGCACCACUGGAUGAGGCUAAAUCUUGUCCUGCGGAGCCAUGUAUACCUAAACAGAUGCCUGAAUCUUCGCUUCAGCAAACUGAGUUAAUGGAAGUUGGUGAAACAAAUUCUGUGUAUCAUGAUGAUGAAAACUCAGUUCUGAGCAUUGACUUUAAUAACUUGAGACCUAUUCCUGAGGCCAUCAGUCCCUUGAAUAGUCCAGUUAGACCAGUAGCCAAAGUUCUUAAAUUGGAAAGUCCAUCUCAAGCAUCAUUAUAUAAAGAUGUGUUUCCACCAAAUUCAGCACAUUCUACCUCAAAGAGCCAUUCUGAUCUCAAUAAAGAAAAUCAAAAGCCAGUUUAUAAAUCUGACACAUUUAUAGAAGCAGACUCCCAGAAAAAUUCGCCUUUGAAUGAAUUAGAAGAAGGAGAGAUUGUAAGUGACAGUGAUAAGUCUAGUUCACAAAAUUUUGAGAAGAAUACUAAGCCUAAGGCAUCUACUGAAUUUCAAAACACAAAAACUAGCGUAAGAAAUAAGAAAAGCACUGUGCAUUUGGAUAAAGACAGUCCGAAAACUUCUAUAAAAACCCAUCAGACCAAAAGCAACUGGACUAAAAGACAAAGUGAGUCUGAUAAUUCUUCAAAAACAGAGAAAGAAAAGACAAUGAGUACCUCUAGCUUAGAAAAAAUUGUUUCAAUUGUUGCUGUACCCUCUUCUGUCCGCGAAGUGAUGCACAUGUUGCGGAUGAUAAGAAAACAUGUAAGGAGAAACUAUAUGAAAUUCAAAGUAAAGUUUUCAUUAAUGCAGUUUGAUAGGAUUAUUGAGUCAGCAAGUAUGAGUUUCACGUCACUGAUUAAGCAACUUGAUUUCUCUAAGAUCUCUAAGUCAGUAACAACAUUACAGAAGAAUCUCUGUGAUGUUAUAGAGUCUAAGCUUAAGCAAGUGAAAAAGAAUGGCAUAGUGGAUCGUUUAUUUGAACAACAGCUACCAGAUAUGAAAAAAAAGUUAUGGAAGUUUGUUGAUGAGCAACUUGACUAUUUAUUUGCAAAGCUUAAGAAAAUGUUGCUCAAAUUUUGUGAUUUCAUAAACUUUGGCAGUGAUAGUGAUGAAGGAAAACUUGAGAAGAUCAGUAAAAAGAAAACCCAGUAUUCAAAAUUUCAAAAGGGAAUUGUGGAGAACUCUAGCAAAGAUAGGCCAAAAGAGAAAUCCCCCAAGCCAGAAGAUUCUGUUUAUUGUAAAACUUUAUUGGGUUGCAAAAAAUCUGAGGAAAAGCAUCAAGAAAAAAAUAUCUCCAGUAUUAACACUGGAAAAGAAGAUGUUAAAAAAUGUUCUCCUACUUACUUUGAGAAUAUGAAGAAUUCUCACUCUGAAGCGCAUGUGUUGGAACUAAAUUGUCCAAGCACGCCCAGACCAGGAAGAACAGAAGGUAGUACCUCAGAAGAUGGACAGACCUCCCAGCUUGCGGCUUUGAAGCCAGAGCGCAGUUUUGAAAUUCUCACAGAACAGCAAACAUCGAGCCUGACGUUUAACUUAGUGAGUGAUGCACAGAUGGGUGAAAUAUUUAAAAGUUUGUUGCAAGGUUCUGAUCUAUUGGAUAACAGUGUUAACUGUAAUGAAAAAAGUGAAUGGGAAUUAAAGACUCCAGAGAAACAACUGCUGGAGAGUCUCAAGUGUGAGUCUUUACCAGCUUGUACAGCAGAAGAGCUUGUGUCAGGGGUGGUUUCUCCGUGUCCUAAAAUGAUUGGGGAUGACAACUGGUCAUUACUAUCUUCUGAAAAAGGUCCCUCUCUGACUUCUGGGCUUUCAUUGCCAGUUCAUCCUGAUGUGUUAGAUGAGAGUUGCAUGUUUGAAGUGUCCACUAAUACAGCUUUAGGCAAAGAUAAUGUGUGUAGUUCAGAAAAGAGCAAGCCUGGCAUUUCUUCCAUACUUCUCGAGGACCUAGCAGUCUCCUUAACAGUGCCCUCCCCUCUCAAGUCAGAUGGUCAUCUCAGUUUCUUAAAGCCAGUAGUUUUAUCUAGUGCCACCCCUGAAGAAGUUAUUAGUGCUCAUUUUAGUGAAGAUGCCUUACUUGAAGAGGAGGAUGCCUCUGAACAAGAUAUUCAUUUAGCUCUAGAAUCUGAUAAUUCAAGUAGUAAAUCAAGUUGUUCUUCAUCCUGGACAAGCCGAUCUGUUGCCCCAGGCUUUCAGUACCACCCGAAUCUACCUAUGCAUGCUGUUAUAAUGGAAAAGUCCAAUGAUCAUUUCGUUGUGAAAAUACGACGUACGGUGCCAUCUACUGCUACCAAUCUUAAACAGAAUGUGGUUGCCAGUCAAUCAUCAACUUUGCCCAGUGUGGGAAAGGAGGCUGAUGGAGUAGCAGAGAAAGAGGAUAUUUCAUGUCAGAGCACAGCUUUUCCAUCCGUGGGGGAACUGAGGAAUUCCACCAAUGAUGUAGACGACAGUAAAUCAGCUUGUGAAGAACAGGACUGUAUGAUACAACCCCCAGUUCCUGAUAUAUAUGAAUUUCUUAAAGAUGCUUCAGGUAGAGCGAAUCAUAAUGAAGUGACUGAUGAGUGCUUCAAGUUGCAUCAAGUAUGGGAACCCAAAAUGUCCAACAAUACUGAAGAAUUGCCUCCAGUGGAAGAAAUUCCUUCUAUUGAGGACCGUCUUUCAAAGGCAUAUAUAGAGCUUACAAAAGAUCCAGUCACAAAACCUAAAGACUUGGAGGAACUCAUAGUUCUAACUGAUUUAAAUACUGACCAGUUGAAGUGUUCUAGAGGCAAUUUGGAUCAAAAUUCUCAAAUAUUAGACAAUGGGCAACCAGAGACUGUUGAUGCUUUCAUUGAUUUGACACAAGAUGUUUCAAGUGAAAGUAAAAAUGAAGGUAUCCAUCCUCCUUCAACUGUCCCAGACUUAAAUAGCCCAAUAAUAUGUGUGGAUGAAAAUAACAGAGAGGAAAAACAGGUGCAAGUAACAAAUAAGCCUUUGGAAUGCAUUCUUGAGGAAGCCUAUGUUGAUUUGACCUCAGAAGCUCCCAGCUCAUGUGACAUUAAAAAGAGUAGUUUAACAUCAAAGCCAUUUUCAAAUUUUGAGACUUCACAGUAUCCUGGCAUUUUGAAUCACAAUGUCCACAAAAAGAGAAAAAAAAUUUCAGAUCUAAAUAAUUCUCAGAAAAAACAGAGAAAGGAAAUAGAUUUAAAAACUGAGAAAGUUACAGAGGAGUCUGCUGAGAGUGGUGAAGUGCACCAAGGAAAAGCCAAUAAAAAAAACCUUACAGUAACCAAAGAUUCCUUGUCAUUCAAGGCAAACCAAGAGGUUACACUUCCAUCAGAAGCAGGUUCCACUUUUCCAAGCCUUUCUGCGAAGAAUGUUAUCAAAAAGAAGGGAGAAAUUAUAGUUUCCUGGACAAGAAAUGAUGACCGGGAAAUUUUAUUGGAAUGUCAGAAAAAAGGACCAUCACCAAAAACAUUUUCUUAUUUAGCUGCCAAGUUGAAUAAAGAUUCAUUUCAGGUCUCAGAAAGAUUCCAGCAAUUAAAGAAGCUCUUCGAAAAGUCAAAAUGCAGGUAGCUAACGGCCACACCACCAUCAUAGUUGAAUCAAAACAUAUUUGCCUCUGUAUCUGUGUGUGCAGCUAAUUGCCCAUUCUCAUGGAGAUGUGAGUGUUGGGUGAGGAACGCCAGUUGAGUCCUGCUUCAGUCAUCCAUAGAGGACAGGUCCAGAAUGUCACCAUCUACAGUUCAGAUUUGUGUGGUAUCUCCCCAUAACCUUCUGAUUACCCAGGGUGAGGGGUGAGGGGGCAUUUAAUGAAUAAUAAUAUGUAUGUUACUGAUCAAAAAGUACACAGUCAUGUUUCACAUUCAUUGACUGUAUAGUCAUUGUAAUUUAAUAUCUUCCACGUUUUUAUAUUUUAAUAUAAACAGUUGUUUGGGUAAUACUGACUCUGCUUGGUUAAGUUAUGAAGUGUUGAGGAUUGAACCCAGGGCCUCAUAUAUAAGGCAUGUGCAUUGGCAAUUAACCCCUGUCAAAAUUCAAAACCUAUAUUCUUAAAACCCAAAUCCAUUGUCAUCUAAAUAUUUGGUAUCAUUUAUUUUGUUAAAUUAUUAAAGCUCACAGAAUGUUUUACCUGGCUAUUGUUACACCAAUUGGGUAAGGCAAUAAUAGACCUGGCCACUCAAAUAUUUGAGUUUU